AUGGGACAAACGCUGAGUGAGCCAGUAACGACUAAGGAGUCUGCAUCAUGUAUCAACGAUUUAUUCACAGUAGGGAGUUCGUGCAUGCAAGGAUGGCGAAUAAAUAUGGAAGAUGCACACACGCAUCUAUUGUCAUUACCGGACGACCCGAGAUGUGCAUUUUUUGCGGUUUAUGAUGGUCAUGGUGGUCCAAAAGCGUCACAAUUUGCUGGUAUCAAUCUACACAAGCAAAUACUACAGCAAGAAGAUUAUGGAAAUCUACCAGAAGCCUUGCGGAAGGGUUUCUUAGCGCUCGAUGAACAAAUGCGUUCUGAUGAUGAAAUGCGAGACGAUGUCUCUGGUGCCACAGCAGUUGUAGUUCUAAUUAAAGAUGAUGUUAUACACUCAAACGUAGGCGAUUCUCGAGCUGUAGUGUCUGUUUGUGGUGAAGCUCGUCCACUGUCUUUCGAUCAUAAGCCUGCUAAUGAAAAAGAGGCGAAACGUAUACUCGCUGCUGGUGGGUGGGUUGAGUUCAACCGAGUCAAUGGCAAUCUCGCACUUUCUCGAGCCCUUGGUGAUUUUGUAUUCAAACGGAAUGAUGCUAUUCCACCUGAACAACAAAUCGUAACGGCGUAUCCGGAUGUGAUCUCGGAGAACGUGACGGAAGAUCACGAGUUUGUAGUACUAGCAUGUGAUGGUAUUUGGGACGUUCUAAGUAAUCAGGAAGUAGUCGACUUUGUGCGGGAAAGGCUCGCGGAGAACAGGGAUCCACAAACUAUUUGUGAAGAAUUGCUUACACGAUGUCUUGCACCGGAUUCACAAAUGGGAGGAGUAGGAUGUGAUAAUAUGACGGUAGUAAUUGUUGGACUGCUUCAAAAGCAAAGUCCGGAACAUCUUGUAUCGAAAUGUGCGCGACCAUCUCGCGCUGAUCAAUCAAAGGUUUCAGGAAAAGAAAAAUCGCCCGGAAAUGGUCCGGAAGAGGAAGAAGAAGCUCCACCCACGGAGUUCACUGCGUGA